AUGACUGGAGGCAAAUCAGGAGGAAAGGCCAGCGGCAAGACUUCGCAAUCCCGCUCUUCCAAGGCUGGUCUAGCUUUCCCAGUCGGUCGUGUCCACCGCCUGUUGCGCAAAGGAAACUACGCACAGCGCGUUGGUGCUGGUGCUCCCGUCUAUCUCGCUGCUGUCCUUGAGUAUCUGGCUGCUGAAAUUCUCGAAUUGGCUGGUAACGCCGCCCGUGACAACAAGAAGACGCGUAUCAUCCCCCGUCAUCUCCAGCUCGCCAUACGCAACGAUGAGGAAUUGAACAAACUCCUUGGCCAUGUCACUAUCGCCCAGGGUGGUGUCCUGCCCAACAUUCACCAGAAUCUGCUCCCCAAGAAGACCCCCAAGUCAGGAAAGAACCCUAGUUCCAGUCUUGAACUUUAA